AUGAUUCCUGCAUCAAGCGGUGCAUUAUCCAUCAAUAAGAGAGCAAAAAUUGGACCGCAUCCCGCAAAAUUGGACCGUAUCCCGCAAAAUUGGACCGUAUCCCGCAAAAUUGGACCGUAUCCAGCAAAAUUGGACCGCAUCCAGGCAAAAAUUGGACCGUAUCCAGCAAAAUUGGACCGCAUCCAGGCAAAAAUUGGACCGUAUCCAGCAAAAUUGGACCGUAUCCAGCAAAAUUGGACCGUAUCCAGCAAAAUUGGACCGUAUCCAGCAAAAUUGGACCGUAUCCAGCAAAAUUGGACCGCAUCCAAAAUUGAAGGACCGUAUCCCGCAAAAUUGGACCGUAUCCCAAAAUUGAAGGACCGUAUCCGGACCGCAUCCAGCAAAAAUUGGACCGCAUCCAGCAAAAAUUGGACCGUAUCCAGCAAAAUUGGACCGUAUCCCGCAAAAUUGGACCGUAUCCCAAAAUUGAAGGACCGUAUCCGGACCGCAUCCAGCAAAAUUGGACCGCAUCCAGGCAAAAAUUGCACCGUAUCCAGCAAAAUUGGACCGUAUCCCAAAAUUGAAGGACCGUAUCCGGACCGUAUCCAGCCGUAUCCCGCAAAGUAA